AUGGAUCCAUCAAUAUCCCGACAGCUAACUGGCUUUACCCAUCCCACUUCAGAGCAACAACAGAGUCUUCUUCUACGUCUACCACCCGAGCUACGGAUCCUCAUCCUACGUGAACUCCUCGUUAUCCCCCAGCCAAUCCGCUCCAAGGGCGAGGCGGAUCCCUCGGUGGCCAUCCUGCGAGCAUGUCAAACGACGUACCAUGAAGGCAUAAACAUCCUCUACAGCGAGAACAGCUACGGUAUCGGCAUGAGUCUGGCAUGGUAUGAACUCUGGAAGGUACCUGCAGAACAGCCGUUGGACUAUCGUCUGCACGAUGAGCACGACAAGCAGCACGCUACGGUUACUACGCAAGACCGCACAGCCAAGAGACUGGUCGAAAGUGAUUUUAUGACGACCAUCUCUAGGUUCUCGCGUGUCCAAUUCGAUACAUACGUGGAGAUGCUCGAUGUCGAACACGCCAGUACGCGCUGGGUCCUCCUUGACUGUCUGGAGAUGAAUCUGCGGAUUUUACGUCCCUUGUUCGUUGGUAAGGAUGUCAAGGUGGUAUACCCCAAGGACCUAGUGUCCGCACUAAAUGCACGGAAAUUGAUCGCUCGUUCGUUCUUGAUGCUCUUUGAGCUUAUUCGAUGUCGCAGUCUUGAAUUUGAGGGUGUUGUGCCUGAAGUCACGCAAGAGGUUGUGAGUAUGUCGACUGGUGAUGGGGAAAUUCUUGAUCUUCCUUUGCAGAGUCGGACAAUAUUGAGGCGCUAUCAGCGGUAUAAGCGUCUUGCGAAGCAGGAUCAUUUAAUUGAAGAUUAUAGUUUGAGUGUACGGCUGGGAGAUGCUAGUAGGCGGUUCUUUCCGAUGGACUUGGAGGUAGCGAUGAAGGAACUUAAAGUAAAGAUUGAUGAGAUGAUUGCGUUGGCGAGAGCUAAUGGUGUGGAGAUCACGGAAGAGAUUCUGGCUCCUGAGGUUGAUAGCAACGUUGUUGUCGAUGAGGCAGAGAGUCGUUGGUAG